AUGUUGGCAAAGAAGAUAAAGGCAGGUGUUUAUUGUUGGUUGGAUCGACUGAAUGUGUUGCAAAGCAACGAAUCAUCCACAAUGUCUCGUCAUCGUGCUCCUGAUACAAUUUUCGAGCUAGCCUUCGCAAAUUGCUACCUCUCGGAUGACCGGCCUCGCAGUGUGAGGAACCCAGUCAUAUCUCGGGCUAUUCCAUUUUUGUCAUUUGACGAUGAUUACUAUCGAGAACCGGGACCUCCAAAGGAACAAAGGGUCACUUCCAAGUUCAAGGCCGCAAAGGCUAUAUGUGAUUUUAGCAAGGAUGGGCCAACUUCACUUGAAUUUUGGAAAUUGUUCAGAACAUUACCUUCCUAUGUCCGAAACAAGAUUUAUAAGCUUUUAAUAUUCGCUUGGUCACCAGACGCUCAAUGGGCUCGACUUUCUCGUAACGGAAGACGAUUCGCAGUAUCUAGAAAAACCAGUGCCCACCCUCUUCGCCCUGCCCAUUACCUAUCAGAUGAUAUACUAGGUGUUACGAAAGAAGACCUGGCAGAUUGGACGAAAGAGAAAAAUUGGGAACAGGCAGAAUGUCUGCUAGACUUUUUCAAGCUCAACGAGUAUCGAAAUAUCCAAAGAUUGGUUUGGUUUGUGGAAGAAGUUGAGUCCAAACUUCAACUCGACGACGCUGAAAGAGAGAUGGAGGCUAGAGACACUAAAGGAAAUGGCAGAGAGGUUCAAAUGACGGACGGCGCUGGUAUUGAAAACGUCAAUCUGUGGGAGGACGUUGUGGCUUUCUUCUGGGACAACGUUAUAAUUGACUUCGGCGAACGUCUUCACUACAAUACCCUUGAUUUGAUGAAAAGUUCAAGACAGAAAGAUUUGAAUCAAGAAAAGUGUACUACCAAGGACAAUCAUGAAGAAGUCAAGCACAUAUGCCUUCGUCUGAGUAGCAUUUGGCACUCAAACAACCACACCGUCCAUAAUAUUGUAUCGGACCACUGCGGCGUAUGCCGAUUCUUACUCCUAUGCGAAUUUAUCACGGAGCAUUUUCAAAAUGUCAAAUCUUUGCUAUUGUACAUAUCGAUAACCACAGCUGAUUUGCACUAUUUGUUCCUCAACUCUGAACUUGCCGCAAAAGACGUUGUGGGAGCAAUUAGAGCGCUCAAAGUCAGCAAGGAAUUUGAUGUGAGGGUGAGAGUCAUAAAUGGAGACGAAAGAAAGGAUGAUGAUGUUGAUCUCUACGAGGAUUCUUAUUUGGACGACUUUUCCGAUGAAGCUCGUAUUUUCCUUGUUCGCCAUCUAUUGCCAGAUACCAUCUUACAGACCCAAGAGACUAGGCAAAAUACGCCAGUUGUGGAGGCAAGUCAAGCGGCAGUCAGACAUGACUCGGCAUGA